ACCAGCUGAAUCUUGGAGUUGGAGGAGCACAGACUGGUUCGACCAAGGCGUAUGUCUUGCAGAAGCAGGCAUGGGGUGGGAACCAGCGUGAACUUGCCCGCCAAAAGAACCUGAAGAAGACUCAGGAGAUCCAUAAAGGGAAAAGGAAAGAGGAUAGCUUGUCUGCUUCUCAGAGAAAACAGAGAGACUCUGAAAUCAUGCAGCAAAAACAAAAAGCAGCUAAUGAAAGGAAGUCUCUGCAGGCAGGAGCAAAAUGA